GCCCCGGCAGCUUUCCGGGGGUGGGGGUGGGGGGUCAAAAGCGCGCUCCGCCCAGCGCGUUCCGCCAGGCAGACCCAUCUGCCGGGAUGCUAGCGGACACUCCGCUGGCUGGUGACAGAGUCCCUAACCGCCCCAGGCUCCUAGUCCCAGCCCGCCUCGGCGCCUCACCUGCAGUGGUCAGGGGAAUCACGAGGAGCGCGCCCGGACCGUGGAGCGGAAAUGCCCAGCUGGGCGGGUGUCGCAACCAAACCGCCCCGGGCGGCGCUCCUGCUGGUCGCUCGCCGCUCGGCCCGCCCCGGCAGCGCCACGGAGCGCACCUGGCCGCGCGCACGCCACGCCCCAUGUGCCGGAACCGCGCAGGAGGAUGUCCCCUUGCAAAGCAAGAGAUCUGUUCCCUUGGGGAAAGAGAACAAGGAAGCUCAGAAAAUAAGUUACAGAUUGGACAGAGAAUUCUGUGAAAAGAAAAGAGCUGUCUAGAUUUGGGCUGAAUAAUUCAGAAAACAAACCUGACCAACAGGCUACUUUUAGUAGCAGUUAGAAAAUGGGGGAUUUUUGUUCCAUGUAAGACAGAAAGAGCCCAGGUACCCAACUUUUCCUCCAGCCUUUGCAUAUCAUUUGCUAAGACAAUGAAGCCAUAUUAAAAUAGCCACUGCCACCAAGUGACAAACAUGUAGGAAACAAGCAGAAGUGCCCACAAUGAGAGGCACUUCUAAUACCAUUAAAAGUCCCAAAUAUUCUGCUGAGGUUGCAGAUUGCUAAAGCUAAAAUGUAUAAACACAUAAAGAUUCAUGUUCAUCUUUAAGGGAAUACCUUCGAGUGCUACAUGAUCCUUUCUUUGUUAACUUAGCACUGUAUCAUGGGGUUGACAUUAAAUACAACAUAUGUCUAAACCUUAAAAACUAAAAUAAGUCCCAAUAAAUUCAGUACUUGGAAUCUCUCAUACAGUAGGCUUUAUUAACACAAUUUCCAUUUGGCCCAAUUCAAUAACUAAUAUUAGGCACUUAUCACAUUCAAGGCACUGUGGGUAAUAUCAAUGCAGGCCAAGGACUACCUACCCUGAUACCUCAAUCUU